AUGUCUCACAACUUUGAACGUGCGGUAACAAAGAGGAACUCUGGCCUGAACCUCGAGCCCAUUGUCAUUGAUGCGUUUGAUAACUCUGACCUCCUCGCUGCUUACGAUCUGACUCUAGUGGGGCGUGUCUUGAACACCGAUUUGCAAGCACACAGAGUCAAGGCGCUUCUUGCGCUCAUGCCCCAAGCUUGGGAACUGGAGGGACGUGUCCAAGGAGUUGAAGUAGGAAGAGGAAAGUUUCACUUCCGCUUCAACAACGAGGAAGAUCUCCACGGAGUGUUGGAGAAGAGACCCUAUUUCUUUGACCAAUGGAUGUUCCCAUUGGAGCGUUGGGUUCUAAGCGUCAGUACCAACUUCCCAUCGACGAUGACCUUCACUGUCUUUAUCGAAGGGAUCCCAUAUCACUACCGUAAGGAGCAGACGGUGAAAGGCAUUGGAGAGAAGUUAGGCGAACUCGUCUCCUGGGAUGUGAAACAAGCCAAAAUUAGAGUCUCGGUGGAGUGUGAUAAUCCCUUGCAAUUUGAAAGAAGGUUGCAAUUCUCGGCUACUGGAGAUGAACUGGUGAUAACGUUCCAUUACAAUAAACUGCAGAAAUGGUACUUCAUCUGUAACAGGAUGUCUCACGAUGGGAAACAUUGUCCUGAAUUGGUGAGAGAAAGAGCUCAUGUGACAUGUGUCUAUUUUAGUGUGAACACAUUUAUUAUAAUGCUUAUACACGUGACAUGUGUCUAG